AGUUCCUUCCAGAUUUUUCUGCGCCUAGCGUGUUUUGUUGUUUGCUGCUACAAAAGGAGAUUAGCUACGUAUGAUUUAGUGGUUUGUGCUGUGCUAAAAAGUUUAAUCUGAUUUGUUGAUAACAAAAUAAGCUGAAAAGUGAACUGAGAGCGUCCGUGUAAGAAAACAAGCUAGCGACGGGCAAAAGUUUGAAGAACUAUUUUUUGAAAGAAAGAAAAUGGCUACCCUUGUCGGGUAUGGUACUUUGCUGGAAUGCCCCUACAAUAAGGCUCACAGAGUGCAGGCCACAGCGAUGGCCAGACAUCUGUUCAAGUGUCGCAAAAUGUACCCGGACACACAGUUCGUGAUCUGUCCUUUUAACCACGCACACAGAAUAGCGGAGCCCGAGCUAAAGAUGCAUACCGCGACUUGCGAAGACAGAGCCAAUUUCGAUAUGUACAAGUACUGUAUUACGACAGCUGCCGCCACUCACGGCACAACCGAAGCCCAGGAACCAGAGUUGAUAUAUAAUAACGAAGAUCCGAUUGCACCGCGAAAGGUGCAGGACGAUGACGAGUGCUGGGACGACUUGCGCCUUCCGGCAUACAAUCCGCAGGAAUACUGUGCCAAUGCCAAAAUCAUUCGUAAGGCCACACUAAAGACGCCUGGGGAGAAACGAAAAUUCUACGAAGAAGAAGUGCAGCGGCAUAAAGAACUAGACACAAAAAUUAAACAAGAAAAAGGCGAAUCCGAUAGCGACAGUUCGAGGUCCCGAUCGCCAUUGCGUCGCAAGUCGCCGGUUCGAUCGCGUGGUCGCUCACGGUCCACUUCACCGGCCGUGUCCUCCUAUCGACGCUACAGAAAACGUUCCAGGUCGAAAGCUCGCUCUCGCUCUCGCUCUCGCUCACCACCCCCGUUGCGAUCUCACCGAUCCCGUUCCAAUUCACGAAAAUCUCGUUCCCCAUCCUCGCUGCGUGAACGCAAAAGGAGACGCUCCCGAUCCCGGUCGGUCGGACGGUACGCCGCCGCCGCCGCCCCUCGGAGGCGCUCGCCAACCCCGGAAUACAGCAGACGCGACCGGGAACGUUUGGCUUACGAUCGGUACGAGCGAGAGCGUAGCUCGCGACCCCACGAUUAUUAUGCGCCCUCGUCCUCGCGGUACGACAGUUAUCCUCCACGCUAUACAUCGUACGACCGCUACUCGGCGCGAUCCACCCACAACACCGAUCGGUACAACAGUUAUGACCGCGACGAAGAGUACAUCUAUCGACGGGACUUCAGGGAUUAAAUACCUAUUGGUUUUGCUUAUUUUUUUUUGCCUAAUUAUUGAUUUAAAAUUUUACCCAAUCAGUUGAUUAUUUGAUUGUGGAUAUUCGAAACUUAUUUUUAACUUUUAUUUUUGUAAUUGUCUUACUACCAGCAGUAAUUAUUAUGAAGAAAAAAAGGAAUCAUGUAAUCUAGCUUGUAGAAAGUUGUUCUCUCUCAAUAAAGAUCGAUUGCAUGCGA